UGCGAUUUUGUCGCAGUUUGUGAGUUUUAGUUUUCGUGGCCAAAAAUGUUUAACCCAGAAAGCGUCGGGCUCAGCCCGGACUUUCGUUUAACCAAAUUCUCGACGCUCCGUGGAUGAGGCUCGAAGGUUCCUCAAGAUGUCCUAAACCGAUUUCUUGCAGGAGUUUACAGCGAUCAGCUGGUAGGUGAUAAGGAUGCAAAGAGCGAUAAGAAUUCGGAGGAGGGUGUUGGAAUAGGCUUAGAUUCGUCCGUCAUUGCGCUCCGCGAUGAGCUGUUUCUGGUGCAAUCCGUGGACUUUUUCUACCCACUGAUCGACGAUCCGUUUAUGCUGGGAAAAAUUGCUUUAGCCAACGUCGUGAGCGAUGUUUAUGCGGUUGGGGCCGUUGAUAUCGAUCAAAUCAAGCUAAUCGUAUCGGCACCGACCGAAUUCACCGACAAAGAGCGUGAAGUCGUAGUGCCGAUGGUGAUCAACGGGUUUCUGGAGGCGGCCAAAGAGUGCAAAGCGCCGGUGAAGGUCGGAAGCAUCGCCGAGAACCCGUGGUGCAUCAUCGGCGGGGUGGCUACGGGCGUCUGCCACCGAUCGGAAUUGAUAAUGCCAUACAAUGCUGAAGUGGGAGACUCGAUCGUACUCACGAAACCGCUCGGCACGCAGCUGGCCACGAACGCGUACAUUUGGAUGUGCGAACGAUCGGACAAUUGGACUCGCUUGCAGAAGCGCUUCGCCGUGGCCGACAUCGAGGAAACGUAUCGGAUUGCGCUGGAAUCGAUGGCACGGCUCAAUCUAGCCGGAGCGAAGCUAAUGCGGAAGUACAAUGCGCACGCGGCUACCGAUGUGACCGGAUUCGGCCUUCACGGACACGCGGAAAAUUUGGCAAAGUUCCAGAAGGCCGCAGUCGAUUUUCACAUCCACAAACUGCCCAUCAUCAAGAAUGUGCGCGAAAUAGCGGAACUGCUCGGUCGGAGUGCGAAGCUGUUGGCGGGCACAGCGGUGGAAACGAGCGGCGGAUUGCUCGUCUGCCUGCCCAGCUCGGAAGCGGCCGCAUUCUGCGACGAGUAUCGGAGCACCACCGCGCACCCGGCGUGGAUUAUCGGCAGCGUACGGAAGGGAGAGCGAGGCGCACAAAUCGACGCAAACGUAGAGUACAUUGUUGUGGACGAAUCGUGAAACCGAUGCCCGCGUGCGCCCAUCGGAGACCGGGAAGGGCAGACAAAGCGUGUGAUGCGAACUUCGGGAAGGCUGUAGAAUGCUGGGAAGUUUGCUAAAAUUUUCUUUCGCUGCCCUUUUCUAUUCGAUGGGUGCCGGGUUUGGUGCACAGCCUUGGGUUCGAUUAAAUGAGUUUUACACACA